AUGAUCGAAGAGUGCGAGGAACAGCUGACAUACGUGGCCAAAGUCAAGAUGCUCUUUUCCGACACCUACAAGGAGUUUUCCAACAUGUCCUUCUUCAAAGAGCACGAAUUUUACACGAAGCUUUUGCCGGAACUCAACAGCGUGUUAGCGGAAGCAGGACUGGACCCUCUGCGAAUCCCCAAAUUCUACCACUACAGCAAGUGCGAAGAGCGAGAGAUACUCAUCCUGGAGGACCUCACAGCUCGGGGUUUCCGGAUGGCCGACCGCAAGAAGGGGCUGGACUUCGCUCACGCCGUGCUUGUCCUGCAGGAGUUAGCGAGAAUUCACGCUUCUUCAGUCCUGCUGCAGCGGAAACACUCAGUCGAAGAACUUAGGGUCAGGCACAAGUUCCUGGCGCUUGACUGGACAAACAACAGCAAAAUACAAGAGAAGACAUGGCUGCUUGCUAUAUCUCGGGAGACCUCCUCCGGCGACAGCGAUUGCGGAGAACUCCAAAGGGUACGAGGACAUGGCAAGGUGGCUGAGGGAGCUGGGUCCUCGAGGAGUCGACGUCUUUGA